GGUGGACCAUGGAAAGGGUGCUCGAUUGUAGCCCUCCUGGCAGAGAAUGAUAUGUUUGAACGUUUCAUCAGCCGCCUGGAUCCACAGGACCUGGUGUCCCAGCCUUCAGGAGAGGGCCCAGCAGGAGCCUCCCAGCUGGAGGGUGGGGGUCGUGGACGGAGGCGGAGGUCUCGAUCCAACAUGUCAGAUCGCCUCCUGCAGCUGACCCUGGAAAAAAAGCUUUAUGUGGCACAGAGAGAAGUAACAGAGACACAACAAGACCAGGAGAAACUUAAACAAAGAUAUGAUAGAAUUCAGGACAGCUACAAGGCCUCCUUAAAAGAGGCACAACAACGUCUCGAAGAGAUCCAGAAGGCCAAGAAAGAGUUUGAACACAGACUGCUCAAACCUAAGAAUGAGAGCAAAUUGGAGAUGAAGGAGCCUGAGAUGGUGCUACAGUACAUUGUGGACAAGUUAAAGGUCACCCAGCUGGAGAAGUUUAAGCUGAAGAACCAAGCACUGAAGGCCCAGGAGAAGAAGCUCCAGCAGCAGCUUCAGCAGAAAAAAGAGCUGGGAAAAGCUGAGUAUGAGGACAUUUUCCAGGCAUACAGCGAGCAGAGAAAUGACAAAAACCUGGAUGAACUUCAAGUUAACAAUCUGAAAGUACAGCGUAUCCUCAGUUCACACAAGGAGAAGCUGCAGAGUGUGACAUGGGAGUCUACAGAGCUGAGCAAUGACAUCAUUAAAAGGAAGCAGAUGCUGGCAAAAAUUGAGCAGGAAAUACAUCAAGCUGAGGAGGAACGUUUAAAGGCAGAGACCCUGAACCAAAAAUUGCGCCGUCAGAUGGCAGAUUAUCAGGCCCCUGAUGUCAUUGAGUACGUGCACAUCAAGGAUAAACAGAAGAAGCUGCGGCAGAGCAUUCACACAUGGGAAAGGAAGGUUGGGAUUGCUGAGAUGGCCUUGAAGUCCCACACUAAAGCCUGGAACAAACAGAGAGCCACUCUUACUCCUGCAAACAGUGCUGAGGCUGGUGCUCGGGCUGGAGAACACCAAAUCCCAGUGAAGCUCCCAUAUAUAGCAGAACACGACACUUAGAGGAGUGGAUCAUCAGAAAACCAAUUGGAAUAAUUUCAGAAACUAUGGCAGCGACUUCAGUUAAAAAUGUCCUGUGUCACCAUAUUACAAUGAUCAUAUAUUUCAUCAUUUGUGGUAAUAAUUAGAGAUUUUCUUGUAAUGCUUAUUGGGAAAUGUGGAAAGAAAAUGAUGUACUAUUGACUUAAAGCUUUCAUCCAUAUCAAGUAUCUAUCUUUCACUCAUACUGAGCAUGUCCUUGAAAUAUUUUUACUACACACCAUUAUUAUGAAUAAAAUCUACUGUUUAAAUUCUGUAAAUGUAAAAACCAAGCUUAUCAAACUAUUUCUUAAAUAUUAGAAAAAUAUCUUUGCACAUUAAAUGAUAUAAAU